AUGUCCUCUGUCCUCCGCCUUGCCGCACUUCUUGCAUUGGCGCGUGCCAUCGUGGCUGCCCCCACUGCUAGCAACUGCACGGGAACGAUUGCCUCGCUCGACGACGUUGACGAUGCGGUCAAGUGCACCACCGUGGUCAUCAACUCGUUCACGGUCCCUGCUGGCGAGACGUUCAACCUCGAGCUCGCGGACGGUACCACUGUCAACAUGGAGGGCGACGUGACCUUCGCCUUCAAGGAGUGGGACGGACCCCUCUUCCAAGUUAGCGGCAAAGACAUCACCUUCAACGGCAAUGGCCACACCUUUGAUGGAAACGGCCCUGACUACUGGGACGGACAGGGUGGCAACGGAGGCGUCACCAAGCCUGCGCCCAUGAUGAAGAUCAAAAUAUCCGGUACCUAUUCCAACGUCAAGGUCCUAAACUCUCCAGCACGCGUGUACAGCGUCUCGAACCCUGCCGCGUUGACAAUGUCUUCCUUGACGAUCGACGACUCCGCUGGAGACGCGCCUAACUCGAAGAGUGAUGGAAAGGCCGCAGGCCACAACACGGACGGGUUUGAUGUCAGCACAACGGACCUGGUCAUCGAGAACAGCACGAUUCAUAACCAGGACGACUGCCUUGCGAUCAACAAGGGUAGCAACAUCGUCUUUCAGGGCAACACCUGCAUUGGAGGACACGGCAUUUCAGUAGGCUCAAUCAGCUCGAGUGUCACUGUCUCCGGGAUCACCAUCCAGAACAACGUCAUCCAGGACAACGACCAAGCACUCCGUAUCAAGACUGAUGCGUCCGCGACGGGCUCGACCGUAACCAACAUCACCUACUCGGGUAACACAGGAACUGGUCUUCGUCAGUUCGGUGUCCUCAUCGACCAGAGCUACCCGGACACCCUCGGUACUCCCGGUACCGGAGUGAAGCUUUCGGGCGUCAACUUCGUCGGCAGCACCAACAGCCUCAGCGUGAACAGCGAUGCUCAACGUGUAGCCGUUAACUGCGGUGUCGGAUCCUGCACCGGCACCUGGGACUGGUCCGCGCUGAAAGUGACGGGAGGCUCUGCCGGACCAAUCACGAACUUCAACGGCAUCGAGAACUUCAGCCAGUGAAGGGAUGAGUGGUAUAUUGGUAUCGUCUCCCUGCUUUCUACCCUUGG